AUGACACCCUCGGUAACGACGGAAGAACACACGACUGUAUCGCCAACGACUGUUCAAACUAGUAUCCAAACAACCGCUAUUCCAACCACUAUUCCGACCACUGCCCCACCAACGACGGAGCCAACCACUACGCCGACCACUACGCCGACCACUAUCCCAAUGACUGAGCCAACUACUACGCCAACAACUACGCCAACAACUACGCCAACAACUACGCCAACAACUACGCCAACAACUAUCCCGACGACGGAGCCAACAACGCAGCCAUCCACUACGCCGACGACGGUGCCAACGACAACGGUGCCAACGACAACGGAGCCAUCCACUACGUCACCAACGACGGAGCCGAACACUGCGCCGACCACAACGCCGACCACUGCGCCGACCACUGCGCCGACCACUACGCCGACCACUACGCCGACCACUACGCCGACCACUACGCCAACCACUAUCUCAAUGACGGAGCCAAUAACGGAGCCAAUCACUACGCCAACGACUGAGCCAACAACGACUAAGCCAACAACGAUGGAGCCAACAACGAUGGAGCCAACAACGAUGGAGCCAACAACGAUGGAGCCAACAACGAUGGAGCCAACAAAGACGGAGCCAACAAAGACGGAGCAAAUCACUACGCAAAUCACUACGCCAACCACUACGCCAACCACUACGCCAACCACUACGCCAACAACUACGCCAACAACUACGCCAACAACUACGCCAACAACUACGCCAACAACUACGCCAACAACUACGCCAACGACAACCACUACGCCAACCACUACGCCAACCACUACGCCAACCACUACGCCAACCACUACGCCAACUACUACGCCAACCACUACGCCAACGAUCGAGCCACCCACCACCAUACCAAUGGCUCCGAUCAAAAAACUACCCCGAUAA